AUGCUGUCCGUUGGAUCUGAUGAUGGACGAGCCAUAAUCAGCCUGGUGGUGCCCGGGGAGGGAGAGGGGGCAGCAGGAGAGGGGGCGAAGGAGGGGGGUAGUUGCUCAGUGCAUUUGUCGGGGUAUUACAUGGCUGAGGGGGUGAUGGGGGGGGAGGAGGAAGGGGAGGAGGGAGAGGAGAGCGAGGAGGAGGGGGAGGAGGGAGAGGAGGUGGAUACUGAUGAGGAAGACGCACACCUGGCAGACCUGCCGCGGGAGUGGCAGAGGGCGCUUAUAGGAAGCAGCGAUGAUGAGGGGGACGAGGUUGAAUUUGGUGACAGCGAGGAGGAGGACGAUGAGGAGGAUGAGAUGGAGGGAGUGGUGCUGGCGAACAGCAGCCAAACGGGAGUGCGCAUAGUGGAGAUUACGGAGGAGAAGGGAGCAGGGAAGGCGGCUGUAGCGGGUCUCCCCAGCAGCACGGAACCCCUGGUUCAGGAACCCAAGGCUGCUGCUGCUGCUACAGCCAAGGGGAAGAAGGGCGAUGCACAGGAUAAGACGCAGCAGGGGCAACAGGAGAAGAAGGGGCAGGAGCAGGGGAAGGGGAAGGAGCAGGGGAAGGGGGCAGCUGCGGCAGGGGCAGCAGGGGCGGAGAAGAGGAAAGGAGAGGCGGGCGCAGCAGGAGGGGAGGCAGCGGCAGCGGCACCACCAGGGAAGAAGAGCCGUGUGGCUGAGAAAAAGGAUGCCAAGGCAAAGCAGGCGGAGCAGAAAAAGAAGGCAGAGGAGGAGAAGAAGAAGAAGCAGGAGGAGGAGAGAGCAAAGAAGAAGCAAACAGACGUGGAGAAGAAGAAGAAGAAGCAGGAGGAGGAGGCGAAGAAAAAGAAGCAGGACGGGGAGGCGUGGGCAAAGGCGAAACAAGCAGCAUCUGGAGCAGCAGGAGGAGAGUCGCCUGGGGCAGGGGAGGGGAAAGACGGGAAGACGAGGAAGAGGGUGUUUCCGGGAGGCAUGGAGGUAGAGGAGUUGAGCAUGGGCAAGCCUGAUGGAAAAUUGGCUGAGCCAGGGAAGAAGGUAAUGAUGAGGUACAUCGGUCGCCUCAAGAAGACCGGCAAGGUCUUUGACUCCAACCUCACUCAUCCCCAACCGUUUGCCUUCCGCCUAGGCGUGGGAGAAGUGAUCAAGGGUUGGGACGUCGGCGUCAAAGGCAUGCGAAUUGGUGACAAGAGGCGCCUCACCAUCCCUCCUGCCCUCGGGUACGGCUUCAGAGGAGCCCCUCCCAAGAUACCUACCUACCUAGGUGGUAACCAACCAGCAGCACUGAGUGCGGCAGUAACCAACCAUCCCUUGAUCCCAUCCCUUGUCUUCUUUUCCCCCUGCAGGUACGGGUUCAGGGGAGCCCCGCCCAAGAUUCCUGGCAACGCCACUCUGGAGUUUGACGUGGAGCUGAUCGGCGUCAAGUGA